AAUGAACACUAAUGGCAAUAGGUAGUGCUUAAAAACGGAAGUUUCGCGAAAUACUAAUUUAAGCUGGCCACACUAAACUCCAUUUUCUUUUUCUGUGACUUUUCGCCAAGUGAAGUUCGCUCUUCCGGAAUUCUUUCAAUUUAAAUCAGAUAGCUUCAAGAUGUUCAUUCCCAAAGCCAAUCGUGUCGCCAUCUACGAGUUCCUCUUCAAGGAGGGUGUGCUGGUGGCGAAGAAGGACUCGCCCAUACAGAAGCACCCGGAUCUGGAGAAGAUACCCAAUUUGCAAGUCAUCAAGGUAAUGCAGUCGCUGCACUCACGUGGCUGGGUCACGGAGCAGUUCGCCUGGCGGCACUUCUACUGGUGCCUGACCAACGAGGGCAUCGAGGAGCUGCGCACCUAUCUGCACUUGCCACCGGAGAUUGUGCCCUCCACUUUGACGCGUCCUGCUCACUCGGAGGCAGUGCGUCCGCGUGGCGGCCCUGGAGGAUCGGGAUCUCGUGGAUUUGGAGGCGCUUCCAAAGUCGAUGAGGACAGAUCCAACUACAGACGCGCUCCUUUCGACGAUGGAGUGGACAAGAAAGGCGAUGUGGGCGCCGGAAGCGGACAGGUUGAAUAUCGUGGCGGUUUCGGUCGCGCUUCUCGCUACUACAAAUAAACUAAUGGAAAAGUAAACUUUUCCCUGAGAUCGAUAUACCGAGUA